CUUCCACCACACAGCGAGAUCUUGCACCAUGACCUCCCGACAUGACGAUGACAGGGAGAGGGCCAGUCGACGGGGCAGCCAGGAUGAGACGGUCCAAACCCCGCGUGGGGAUGGCUCCAGAAGCAUCCACGAUCGGUUGGGCGGGCGCGAACGACCCGUCGCGGGAUCGCCACCUCGAAAGCGAACCACGUCCGUCGACGAAGACAAUGGGUUGAAGAGGCGUCGAUUGUCUGCCACGAACGUCAAACCCACGGAGGACGAUCCAAAGCUGCUGCAACGAAGUCGACGCAUGUUUGGUGCGUUGAUGGGCCAUCUUGGUCGCGCGAAGAAGCAACUCGCACAAGACAGCGACUUGUUACAAAAGCAAGACCGCCUCCUCAACGCCGCCGAGGCCAAGGAAAAGCAGCAAAGCCAAAAGGUAUCCACAAUCACGCAGCAGCGGUCGGCGCGGCGAAAGGUGGAGUCGCAGAUCGCGUCGUACAAGCGGGCAGCGGCGGACAAGAUCGCCAAGCUCGAGCGGAAGCAUGCGUUGAGCAUCAGCACGGAGCGGCACCAGGCUCGAUUCCUGCAGACAGUGUCGCCGAUCCCGAUCUUCUACCUCCCCGCGCGCCACACCAAGGAGACACAAGCGUUGGUGGAUGCAUCCACGGAAGCCAUCGAAGAAAAGAUUCAGGUGGAGCGGCGGGAGAUCGAUGCCAAGAAGCGUGACAUUGAGCUCGACAUGAAGCGAAAGCUCGACGCGUUGGAGGCGGCUGUUGUUGCAGUCGACACGAAACUCAGCGAUAAGCAUCAUGAUGACACUAGUUCCCAGGUAGAUGCGGACGACGACGCGCCGCCCACUCGGACACUUGACGACGUGACAGGUGCGCACACGACUGCCGCACCCUCGGCGGACGUCGAAGUGUCGUCACCGAAGGCAACUCCCUCAUCACCAGCAACCAAGCCAUCGUCACCAGUGAAGAAUACAUUGUCACCAGUGAAGGAGCCGUCGUCACCAGUACAUGGUGCCGCUUUGGUUGAUGUGGUGUCGUCACCGAGCCGUGCACCAGCCUUGUCAUCACCGGAGGCGCACCACAUGCCAACCUCGUCAUCGGCUAUUCCGGACGAGGCAACCACAGAACAUUGUGACGUGGUGGCAACUGUAUGCGACACUGUGGACCUGUCGAUCGAAGGAAAGGAUGACGACGACGACGAGGACGUGGAGGAAGUGAUUGUCCCGAGCAAGCUCAAAGUGGUGGAGCUGCGAAAGGCUCUGAAAGACCGUGGGCUCGACACCAAGGGCCUCAAGGACGACCUCGUCAAGCGGCUGGAGCUAGCGUUGCAGAAAUAAACAAGUGAACGAGAUUUUGAUCGUAGUAGUA